AAAUCACUUCACACGAACAUUUUCUUUUCCCUUUUCUUAUUUGUUUUCACAGAACAAAAUGGCUAAUAAUGUGUGAAAUCGAGACACUGUAGUUCUCAUUGUGAUAUUUGUGCAACUAUGGAAAAAGUGCUGGGAAGGACUUUUAGGGUUGGUGGAUCCCAUUUUGCAAAGGAGAAAACAGACCCUGAGAGGUUACAUGGAUGUUGGAAAUUCACCCAACUAGAUAAUGGUACAACAGAAAUGAGAACCCAAAGCUGUUUUUAAAUAGACUUUUGAAAGCGGGAAAUGGUAAAUUUCAUUUAACGAUGUGAAAAGGAGGUUCGUUUGGUCUGGGAUUAAUCUUGUUAGUGCCCCUUCCUUUUCAAACAUUAUUUUCUUAUUUCAGGCUUACUACUUCUUGGCUUCUAAAGAAAAUGGCAGAAACAUCAUCAGAACCUUCUGGGCAGCUUGUUGUACACUCAGACACUCACAGUGACACUGUCCUGGCUAGUUUUGAGGACCAGAGGAAGAAAGGCUUUCUCUGUGACAUUACUUUAAUCGUAGAGAAUGUGCAUUUCCGGGCCCACAAAGCCUUACUGGCUGCCAGUAGCGAAUACUUUUCCAUGAUGUUUGCUGAAGAGGGGGAGAUCGGCCAGUCCAUUUAUAUGCUGGAAGGCAUGGUAGCGGACACGUUUGGUAUCCUGCUGGAGUUUAUCUACACAGGUUAUCUCCAGGCCAGUGAGAAAAGUACAGAACAAAUCCUGGCUACUGCUCAGUUCUUAAAAGUCUAUGACCUGGUAAAGGCAUACACAGACUUUCAAAAUAGCCGUAGCUCCCCAAAGCCAACAACUUUGAACAGGGCUGAUGCUCCAGUGGUGGUUAUUUCUAAUAAGAAAAAUGAUCCACCGAAGCGGAAACGGGGAAGACCAAGAAAAGUCAACAAUUUGCGGGAGGGGAAAUCAGAACUGGCUGCAGAGGAAGAAAUACAGCUGAGAGUAAACAAUUCAGUUCAGAACAGACAAAACUUUGUGGUUAAAGAAGGAAAUGAUGAUGUACUGAAUGAACAGACUGCAGCAAAAGAAAUGGAAGAAUCUGAGCCUGCUUGUGAGCCAGGUAGAGGGGAGGGAAUGCCCGCUGAAAAAGAUGAGAACUGUGAUCCUAAGACCCAGGAAGGGCAGGACCAACAGACUCGGUACAGCAAGCGGAGGAUUCAGAGAUCCAUCAAACUGAAAGAUUACAAACUUGUUGGGGAUGAAGAAGACCAGGGUUCAGCCAAGAGGGUCUGUGGAAGGAGAAAGCGUCCAGUUGGCCCUGAGGCCCGUUGUAAAGACUGUGGCAAAGUCUUCAAGUACAAUCACUUUUUAGCAAUCCACCAGAGGAGCCACACAGGAGAGCGACCUUUCAAAUGUAAUGAGUGUGGAAAAGGCUUUACCCAGAAGCAUUCCCUGCAAGUCCACACCCGGAUUCACACAGGCGAGCGUCCGUACACCUGCACCGUAUGCAGCAAGGCUCUUACCACCAAGCACUCCCUGCUGGAGCACAUGAGCCUGCACUCAGGACAGAAGUCUUUUACCUGUGAUCAGUGUGGAAAAUAUUUCAGCCAGAAAAGACAACUAAAGAGCCAUUACCGAGUUCAUACAGGCCACUCAUUACCGGAAUGCAACCACUGCCAUCGCAAAUUCAUGGAUGUGUCUCAGCUAAAGAAACACCUACGAACACACACAGGUGAGAAACCAUUUACAUGUGAAAUCUGUGGCAAAUCUUUCACAGCAAAGAGUUCCCUUCAGACCCACAUCAGAAUCCAUCGAGGAGAGAAGCCAUACUCCUGUGGCAUAUGUGGCAAAUCCUUCUCUGACUCCAGUGCCAAGAGAAGACACUGCAUUCUACACACGGGCAAAAAGCCUUUCUCCUGCCCUGAGUGUAACUUACAGUUUGCUCGCUUAGACAACUUGAAGGCUCACUUGAAAAUCCAUAGCAAAGAGAAACAUGUGGCAGAUGCCAGCAGCGUCUCUGGCAGUAACAACACUGAGGAAGUCAGGAAUAUUCUUCAGCUGCAGCCAUAUCAACUCUCUACCUCCGGAGAGCAGGAAAUACAGCUUCUUGUAACCGAUUCUGUCCAUAACCUCAAUUUCAUGCCUGGUCCUAGCCAAGGAAUUAGCAUCGUCGCUGCAGAGAGUUCCCAGAACAUGACUGCAGACCAAGCUGCUAAUCUCACGUUGCUCACACAGCAGCCAGAACAACUGCAGAAUUUAAUUCUUUCAGCUCAACAGGAGCAAACAGAACACAUUCAGAGCCUCAACGUGAUUGAGAGCGAGAUGGAACCCUCACAGAGCGAGUCAGUGCACGUAAUCGCACUUUCCAAGGAAACCUUGGAGCAUCUGCAUGCCCAUCAAGAGCAAACAGGGGAGCUCCAUUUAGCAAGUGCUGCGCAUCCAGCUCAGCACCUGCAGCUGACACAGGAGUCUGCUCCGCCUCCACCCAGCCACCAUGUGCCCCAGCCCACACCACUGAGCCAGGAGCAGAGCUGAUCUAGAAACAUUUGACUGCUCUGCUGGUCUCUUCUCCAUAAGCCAACUAUAACUGGAUUGUGUACUUGAAGUCAGGCUUCCCGAAAUGCUCACUCACAGAUCCUUACAGAGAUGUGGUAGCUGGCUGAUGGAUGUUUUCCAUGCAGGCAGCAAGGUGUGUGGAUCAGGUCCCAUAUAUAGUGCUGAUAGGGAUUUAGCAUUUCACUAUUGAGGGGUUUUCAUUUCAUCUACUAUAUCUCAAAGACUUGGGUAAUUUUUCACUUUGGGUAUUGAUUUAGACUUUUCUGUAACUACUAAAUGUUCACAGCUAUAGGUUACAGUCUUGCUGACCUUUCUAGUUGCAGUUUUUGUUUUUUAGGACAAAGGAAAUCAUAUGUUGAAUUGGGUAGAAUGGCUGGUUUCACUUCCUUAUUUCUCACAAGCAACACAAUUGCCUCCAUAGGUCAAGUCAGACUCCCCGACCUGCAGUGAUAUUUGAUCUUCAUGAAGUUAGAGCUUUCUUAAUUAUCCUGGAAUAAAAAUUUUAUUCACUGUAAUUUGUGUUAAAUAUACUGAAUUCUAAUUGGCCUCCAAAGAUGUUGAUUGUGUAUUAUGUCUGAUAACUUUCUGGAGAUGGGAACCUAUAAGC